AUGUCCCUUGCUCGAGUAGAAAGGUCUGGAAAAGCACCGCCGACGAAGUUGACCUGGACCACAUUUGUCCGAGCGACCAGCAAAUGGCGGUGGUACGCGUUUACGCUAGGCUAUGCUUUAUAUGGGCCGUCAUGCGGCGCGAGCAGCUACUUUGCCAUCUGGUUGUUGAAGUCCGAGGGCUUUUCCGUUUCCGCUCGAAACAUCAUUCCCACCGGCACCAAUCUCAUCUCGCCAUUCUGCGUUGUUCUGCCGAUGAUGCUAUGGCAUGCGCAAAGGGGUUUCCUAUCGGAUUUCACAGGAAACCGAUUUGCAUGGGUGAUUAUCCCAUUGACGUACGGUUUUAUCCCCAACGCUAACCUGGUGGUGUGGCCAGCCAGCACCAAGUUGGAGUUCGCGUUCUUAACAGGCGGGGUGCAACUUAUGACAGCGAUCUUGUACGCCAACGUGAUCUGUGUCUAUGGCAACGAGGAGAGAGCGCUCGUGGUUAGCAGUAUGAAUGGAUUUCAAUAUGCGGUGGUUUGGAGUGAACCGCCACCAGAUCUUGCUGUUGUUGACUUCUCUACAGGUAGCAACAUGGCCUCCGAUCGUCAUUUUCCCCCGACCCAUAACCCCCUCUUUCAGUAA